AUGAUUUUUCCAACAGACAUUCCACAAGUCAUUAAAGAAAAUAAACAUAUGAAACAACGUUUCGAUAAUUUAUCAGAGAAUUAUCCAUCUUCAUCACAUAAACUUGAUCUAUGGUGUAUUUUUGAAGAUGGCUCUCGAUCACAAGGCUACAGCUAUGAUUCUUUAUAUUAUAGUGAGCGAGUAUCGUUGCUUGAUUGUCCGUUAACUGAGUAUGGAAGAAAAAAAUUGCAGACUAAAACAUUCAUCCAAGUUUUACUGUCUUCAUUCGUAAUUAGUCAUAUUCCGAUUUUGAAAGGUUCUGUCAAUAUCUCUUUGUCUUCGGUCUUAUCAAAAUCUUCAAAUUGGAGCUUUACACUAUGCACAUCCCCAUUACAAGAUAAAUAUGAAUAUUUGCCACAGUGGAUUGAGUUUCAUCGUCUUGUUGGUGUAACGAAAAUCGUCGUCUAUAAUACAACUGAUACACAUAAUCGUUUAGAAGGCAUUGCUUCGGUGUAUCGACAACAUGUUGGCUUUUUAGAAAUUGUUCAAUGGAAUUUUUCAUCAUUGCAAUUAAAAGACAUUGAUUCUUCACGCUACUUUCAAGUUGAAGCAGUGCACGAUUGUCUUCUACGUUUUGGUGAUCAAUCUGAAUGGCUAGGCAUGAUUGAUUUAGAUGAGUAUUUGAUAUCAUUAUCACCAUAUACAACAAUCAGUGAUUUUCUUCGAAAGGAAUACGGACGACAAAUUAUUGGAUCUAUUAAUUUAUGGAGUAACUUUUUCUGUACCAGACAGAUAGAAAACUACACGCAAGAAGAGUCUGUUAAAAGUCUACUAGUUAUUGAACGUUUCACACUUCGAUCGUCUAUUAGAUAUACAGAUGGACGUGAAAAAUACUUAUAUCGACCGCGAUUCGUACAGUAUUUAUCGAUACAUCAUCAAAUCGUUGGCGUGUCAAAACAAGACCCAUCAGAAAAAAAGAUUAUGCUAGCACAUUAUGGAUCAAUGGAGCAAUUAAGACUAUUUCCUGGCUGUGAGCCAAACAAUAUUUACUUAUCAACAGUCUCCCCGACACCUUUAUCUCCACCUUUACCCGCUUCACAAAAUCAAAAACAAAUAUUUGGACAAGAAAAACAUCCGGAUAUAGCUAUUACAUUAUACAGUUUAGGUUUAUGUUAUUAUCAUAAAGAUGAUUAUGAUCAUGCAAUUGAUUGCUGUCAACAAACAAUUGAUAUUCAACGUGAAUAUCUAAAUGACAAUCCUCCGUCUCUUAUUCACACAUUAAACGCACUCAAAGAUUUGCAAAAGACGAACAAGUAG